CAAACCCUAGGGACUAUUUACCACUCUUUCUUCAUCAUCAUAAACCCUCCGCUCCUAUUGUAUCCACCCUCUCUCCAUACCGUGAUCUCCUCGCCUCUGCGUCUACCACCGCCGAUCAACGCCGGAAUCGCUGAUCACCGCCGGAGUCUAGCUGUGAUAACUAUCUGUUAUCGAAUCCGGCAGGUGAUGGCGAUUUUAACAUAUCCUGUUAACUAGGGGUGUUUCUAGCUUCAUUCCUGGAUAAACUGAAAGAGCGAAGUUGACACUAAUGGCGGCUUUGUUAUCCGGUGAUCCAAUGCAUUCUGGAACGCAUGCAAACGGUCCAUGCAAACAGUCCGAUAAUAAUAAGCAUGAGGAAAAUAGCGGACUUUGGUACUUUUCUAGGAAAGAAAUAGAAGAAAACUCACCAUCUAGAGCAGAUGGCAUUGAUUUGAAGAAGGAGACUUACUUGCGUAAAUCAUACUGCACGUUCCUGCAGGACUUGGGUAUGAGACUUAAAGUGCCUCAAGUAACUAUUGCUACAGCUAUCAUCUUUUGUCACCGUUUCUUUGUUCGCCAGUCACUUGCAAGGAACGACAGGAGGGUGAUUGCAACGGUCUGCAUGUUUCUUGCUGGCAAGGUUGAAGAAACUCCUCGUCCAUUGAAAGAUGUUAUUCUUGUUUCUUACGAAAUCCAUCACAAAAAGGACCCUGGGGCCGCACAGAGAAUAAAACAGAAGGAAGUGUAUGAACAACAAAAAGAACUAAUUUUGAUCGGAGAACGUGUUGUUUUGGCAACUCUUGCUUUUGAUUUCAAUGUGCAUCAUCCGUAUAAACCACUUGUUGAAGCAAUAAAGAAGUUUAAAGUUGCUCAAAAUGCACUAGCUCAGGUUGCUUGGAACUUCGUGAACGACGGGCUUCGGACAUCACUCUGCUUGCAAUUCAAGCCCCACCACAUAGCAGCAGGUGCCAUUUUUCUUGCCGCCAAGUUUCUUAAAGUAAAGCUACCGUCCGAAGGUGAAAAGGUUUGGUGGCAGGAGUUCAACGUUACCCCACGCCAGCUGGAGGAGGUGAGUAACCAAAUGUUGGAACUGUACGAACAAAACCGCGUGCCACCUGCACAAACUAGUGAGGUUCUUGAUGGAAGUACAGGUGGCGCGGGUGCUCAGAAGGCACAAGAACAUGGUCCGAACGACAGUGAUUCGCAUGUCGGUGCGGCAACUUCAAGACCCGCUUCUGAGCAUCUGAAAACGUCUCAAGCUCAAAGUAACGAUGACGGAAGUACAGAUAGAAAUAAGGAUGUAAAUUCAGACGUUGAGAACAAUGAUGAUCAAAACUAUGAAUCAGAAAAGGGUGGUGGUCAAAGUUUGGAGCACAGAAGUCAAACACCGAAAGACGCUAUGAAAAAGAUCGAUAAAGAUAAGGUUAGGGCAGCACUAGAGAAAAGAAGAAAGGAACGUGGUGGUGAUGUGGCACGAAGAACGGAUUUCAUGAACGAUGAUGAUCUGAUCGAACAAGAGUUGGAAGACGGUAUUGAAUUGGCUGCUGAAUCGGAGAAAAACAAACAAGAAAGAAAAUAUAAUGAGGUUAAAGAUGGUCAAGGUUUUGAGCCGGUGGAAGAAGGUGAGGUGGGUGUGUUGUUGGAUGAUGGUGAUAUGGGACAUAGCUUGAAAAGGAAGAAUGGUGGGUCCCCACCACCCGACAAACGAAGAAGGAACUAGAAGGGUGUUUGAAUCGGGUUGGAGAUAGGUAAUGGUGUUCAUGUUCCUUGUCUUUUGAUGAGAAAAUACGGUAUUGUUCAUUGGCAGCCAUGGAUGCGCGAUCUGUUCAUACUUGUUCAAAUUUUGGUUGUGUAUGCUUUCUGGUCAUGAAAUGGCACCAUUUAUUUAUGAAAAUGAAGUGUUAUUUCCUAACUUCAUUUAUCUCACAUAUAUGUUCAUCGGUUUA